AAUAAAAAAAAAAGAAAAAAAUUCCCUCAACAAAGAGCCUCUUCCCCCCUCUCUCUCUCUCUCUCCAGAUCGAAGGGAGAGUGCUCAAACCCCGAGUCCCCGAUCGCCCCCAACACCAUGGAUUUCCCCUCUUCGUUGCUCUUCCUCGUCCUGCUCGUUCUCCACCUAGUGCUCCUCUCGGUCGCCGCCCCCAUUAGCUCUGGGGCGCCGUCAUCGGCGGCGGCGGCGGAGGAGGAGGAGGAUCCGGCGGGGUUGCUGCGGCGCGCGAGGGAGGCGGAGGUGGCGGAGUGGAUGGUGCGCGUGCGGAGGCGGAUCCACGAGAACCCGGAGCUCGGGUACGAGGAGGUCGCCACGAGCGAGCUCGUGAGGAAGGAGCUCGACGCCAUGGGGAUCCCCUACGACCACCCCUGCGCCGUCACCGGCGUCGUCGCCCGCGUCGGCUCCGGCGAGCCCCCUUUCGUCGCCCUUCGCGCCGAUAUGGAUGCCCUAGCCAUCCAGGAGAAUGUGGAGUGGGAGCACAAGAGUAAAGUUCCCGGGAAGAUGCAUGCAUGUGGACACGAUGCACAUGUCGCGAUGUUGCUGGGCGCCGCUAAGAUUCUUCAGGAGCAUCGCGAUGAGUUGCAGGGAACGGUCCUUCUCCUUUUCCAACCAGCUGAAGAAGGAGGCGGCGGCGCAAAGAAAAUGAUAGAAGACGGAGCUGUCAAAAAUGUUGACGCUAUUUUCGGGUUUCACAUAACUGGUGAUCUACCUAUCGGCACGGUGGCAUCCAGGCCCGGCCCUAUUAUGGCUGGUAGUGGGUUCUUUGAGGCUGUAAUAAGCGGAAAAGGAGGUCACGCUGCAAUUCCUCAGCAUGCAAUAGAUCCAAUCGUAGCUGCGUCGAAUGUGAUUGUUAGCUUGCAACAUCUCGUUUCGCGUGAAGCUGAUCCCUUGGAUUCGCAGGUGGUAACAGUUGCAAAAUUCCAAGGAGGUGGAGCAUUUAAUGUUAUUCCCGAUUCUGUUACCAUUGGCGGCACUUUCCGAGCCUUUUCGAAGGAAAGCUUUUCGCAACUGAAGCGACGAAUAGAGGAGGUCAUUGUUUCGCAAGCAUCCGUGCAAAGAUGCAACGCCACCGUGAGCUUCUUCGACGAAGAACGCACGUUCUUCCCCCCGACUGUCAACGAUGAAGGUCUGUAUGGGCACUUCAGGAAGGUGGCCAGGGAAAUGCUCGGCCCCGAUAAUGUGAGGGACAGGAAGCCGGUGAUGGGGGCGGAGGACUUCGCCUUCUUCUCCGAAGCCGUGCCGGCCACGUUCUACUACUUUGUGGGGAUGAGCGACGGAGCGAUCGGCCUGCUGCAGUAUACCCCGCACUCCCCGUUCUUCACCGUCAACGAGGAGGCGCUCCCGUACGGCGCAGCCCUUCACGCGGCUCUCGCCAUGAGGUAUCUUCAUGAAAAGCAUGGCACAAGUAAUCUUUUUUCCAAGGGAGAGGUCCAUGACGAACUCUAGUUUGUGUGUAUAUAUUCUUUCUUUGCAUUUUCUCCUGGUGUGCAAGUUGGAAAGAGUUUUAUUGUGAAUUUUGGAGAACUAUAUCACCAGGGGCACUUCCUAAAUGUAUAUUUAGUUUAGUUGUUACAUUAAUGUUAAACGAGGGAGGAAAAUCUAUUUUAUUAUUGUUUCUUAUCAUUAUUAUUA